AUGCCAGCAACCCGCAAAUCCACCCGCGGCGUCGCCGCCCGAGCUGCGGCAAGCAAGCAGCAGUCUACCCUCAGCUUCAACCACAAAGUCACCAAGAGCGGCGCCGUAAAAUCAGGCAAAGCCAGCAAGCUCUCCACACCCACCGCCACCAAGGUCGAGCCAGAACCCCAAACCCAGACCCCUGCCAGCGAAGACGUAGAGGAUAUUGAGACGCAGGAGCCAGAGGAGGCCCAAGUAGCGCAGCCAGAGGCCGAGAAGAGCGCUGCGGAGCUGAGCGCCGAGAAGGUCACCGAUGCGCAAAUCAAGCGCUACUGGAAGGGGGUCGAGGCGGCGCGCAUCUCGAAGCGGGUGCACCAGGAGGACCUGAGCCAGGCGGAGAAGGUGCUGCGCUACUUCGACGUCAGCUCACAGUACGGGCCGUGCAUCGGCAUCCCCCGCACGAAGCGGUGGUACCGCGCCGAGAAGCUGGGCCUCAACCCUCCGAUUGAGGUCCUCGCGGUGCUGUUAAGGGAGGAGGGGCAGGGCAACAAUGAGAUUGAGAGGGCUGCUAUGGAUCGGCUCAUGGAGUCUACGGCCAUUGGAAGUGGCUGA